GGGGCGAACGGCCAAUCGCGGUUGCUCCGCCAUGGCGGCGCCCAGGCCGUGAGGCGACGGCGGCGGCGGCGGCGAUGUCGGGCCGGGGCGUCUGGCUGCGGGCGCGGGCGCGGCUGCGGCGUUUCCCCGCGCUGCUGGCGGGCUGCGGGGAGCAGGCGGCUGCCUACGGCCGGUGCGUGGCCGCGGCGGCGGGCGGGACGGCGGAGCUGCGGAGGGACGUCUGCCUGGAGGAGUUCCGGGCGCUGCGGGAUUGCUUCGCCCGGGCGGCGAAAGCGACGCCGAAGUGACCGCGGUGCCGGCCCCGGUGCCCCUCAGCCUGCGCACCGGCCUGAAGAUGCUUCGGAAAAAAUAAUAAUAAAAAAAAAAAAGCUCCAAAACACCAAAACCUCUCAAACCCGGCCCGGUUUGUCCUUAAAUUACAGCAUAAAGAGGCAGGUGGAGCCCCCACCCGCUGCCCCAGCACCUCGGGCCCGGGGUGGCUGCCAGGCUCGGGCAGCCACCGGCCCCCGGGGCUGCUGGAAGCCACGGCCCGGUCCUGGGUAGCCCAAAGAGGCAGCGCGGCCGAGGGACGAGGUGCCCAGGAUGACAGAGCGGAGACUGAAAUCCCCCCACGGCCUGGAGAGAGCAGCCCCUCGCACCCCCCCACCCCACACCUUCAUCUGCGCUUCAGGGAGCCCUUUCCUCCUCUCCCUCGCUGCACUCCCAACAUUCAAGACCCAUUUUCCAGCUGCCGGCGAGCUCCAGCUUUGCUCAACAAGAAAAUUGCCUGCAACGGCAGCAGGAACCGCAGGGGCGAGACGGACACCGGCCCCCCGGGGAUGGCAGGAGCUCCGGGAACAGCUGGGUGCAGGGCGCUUUGGGAUGGCAGCCCGCAUCCCCGCCAUCAGGUUCUGAACACUCCUGCUCUGGCAGCGGCUCUGCUGCAGCUGCUUGAUCCCCUGAAUGUCAAAUUAGACGUUUUCCUCCCCAAGCCAGGCCCCGUGUGCGAGGGCAGCGGGAGGAUCACGGUCCCCCUCCUCUUCCCCAGCAGCAGCAGCAGGGAGGAGCAAAUCUCAAAAAAAGCACAAAAGCCUCUUUUUUCCUUCGGGGCGUAACUCCCUGCAGGUACAGAGCA